AUGCCGCUCCGUGAAAUCGAAUUUCCUUCCGAUCCUAAAGAUCUGGAACACGCACAAGAACGAUUCUUGAUUUUCUACUCCUCGCGCGUGAACGGGCAGCUGUGGUGCCCUGAUUGUGUAGCAGUAGAUCGGAUCAUCCAAGAUACCUUCGGUCCUGAAGACGGGCUAUCUGCGGUGAUUGUCUACGUUGGCCAAAAGCCCGAAUGGAAAACACCCUCCAAUAUUUUCAGAGGCGAGCCGUGGCAUAUCACCUCCAUCCCCACAAUUAUCAAGGUUGAAGACGUUAGUAUCGGACCAAUUGAAUCUUGCUACUCCAUACCAAUUUCUGAUAACCUCAUCGACAGUCCAAAGUAG